UGGGGAAGAUGGGUCUUCUAGUGACAUUCAUGUUACAUGGGAAUCGCCCAAGUGUGGUUCAAUAUAAGACCCCCCUCCCCGGCCCUUGAACGAACCUCAAUGUUCUCUCAGUACGCCUCACCCGACGAGGCAAUUCUUUCAUUGGAGUCAACGCCAUAAUAGCCCAUCAUGGCGGCCCAAGUCCAAGCUGGUAGCGCCCAGAAGGUUGCCGACCAAGAGUUGGAAGAGAAGUUGGGGCACACCGCCAUCCUCGACGCCAAACAAGCCACAGACGAUGAACAUGCGCAGACUCUCUUCCAGGGUCUGCGGGAGAACCGUAAGGCCGUCUUCUGGUCUAUAUUGCUCUCUAUGACCAUUGUUAUGGAAGGAUAUGAUACUAUCCUCAUUGGUAACUUCUUCGCCUACCCCGAAUUUCAGAAGAAGUUUGGGGAGUAUUUCGGCGAGAAAGUUGGCUGGCAAGUGACGGGAGAAUGGCAGACCGCCUUGAACAUGGGUAGUACUGCUGGUGCUGUUGUUGGUGGAUUAAUGAACGGUUACAUGGCUUCCAGAUUUGGUUACAGAUGGACUAUGAUCAUAUCUCUAGCUGUGAUCAACGCAUUCAUCUUCAUCGUUUUCUUCGCCCCCGGUCGAGAGGUGCUCCUCGUCGGUCAAAUCCUCUGUGGUUUAUCAUGGGGUGUAUUCGCGACGCUAGCACCUGCGUACGCGUCUGAAGUCUGCCCUACUAAUUUGCGUGGUUACUUGACUACCUAUGUUAACCUAUGUUGGGCCAUUGGUCAACUCCUUGCUACCGGAGUGCUACGCGGAUGCCUUCACAUUGAAGGAGAAAUGGGAUACCGUAUUCCUUUCGCUAUGCAAUGGUUAUGGCCCAUUCCCCUAAUGGUCGUCGUAUUCUGCGCGCCUGAAAGUCCAUGGUGGCUCGUCCGCGCUGAGCGCCUAGAGCAAGCUAAGCAUUCCAUAGUAAGGCUCAGCGGCGAGAAAACUCAGGAACAGAUCAACAACCAGCUUGCUAUGAUGGUCCACACAAUCCGAAUAGAGGCCGAGGCGACAAAAGGCGCAACAUACCUGGACUGUUUUAAGGGCGAAAACUUGCGGCGAACAGAGAUCGUUUGUGUUACCUUCAUGGGACAGAUCCUCUCUGGUAGCAGUUUUGCUUACACGCCAACCUACUUCUUCACUACCGCCGGCAUGGCUACCGCGCAGGCAUUUAAUCUCAGCCUUGGCGCUAAGGGCAUCGCAUUUGUUGGGACAGUAUUGUCAUGGUGGCUCAUCACAUAUUGGGGCCGACGUCCUCUAUAUGUCGGCGGAAUGGGGCUCCUUUCCAUAAUCCUCUUCCUCAUCGGAAUUCUAGAUGUCUCCGCUGGCGGCAAAGGCCUUUGGCCAUCGGGAGGUCUUUGUGUGCUUUGGUUGUUCGUGUACUCCCUUACAAUUGGCCCCCUAGCAUACAGUAUCAUCGCCGAAACAUCUUCUGUCCGCCUCCGACCCUUAUCCGUCGUGCUCUCACGCACAUCUUACCAACUCAUCAACAUUAUUUCGCAAUUCUUACAAGCAUACAUGAUGAACCCCGUCGAAUGGAAUUUACUAGGAAAGACGGGGUUCUUCUGGGGCGGCACAGCGUUUUGCGUUUUCAUCUGGGCGUAUUUCCGUCUGCCUGAGGUUAAGGGUCGUACUUAUGAGGAAUUGGAUAUUCUUUUCAUGAAUAAGGUCCCGGCACGUAAGUUUGCUAGUACGCAAGUUGACCCGUAUGCUUCUAGUGCUACGGCGCCGGCGGACGACGCGAUGGAAAUUGAACACAAAACCUCGUCGGGUUAAGGUAAUUGAACUCGAGCCUCAUACAGAAAUCUAUGUACCCGCAGUCAUAAUUCAAUCAAUGCGCCUCUGUUUAUUCAUCCACCCUUUAAAUAAAACGAUAAAAAUCGCAUGAAGUUUUUGAGAUUGGCUUGGUAGCCAUAUUUCGUGGCAUAGCUGUCGUGUAGAGAAAAAGGCGUUAGAUUGUAGAGGUUAUUGGGGGUUCAAUAGCGCGUUUAUUGCCCUGAAAGACCUAUGGUUUUAGCGGCGUAGCGCCCGUAAUUACCGACCCCGAUCAACACAAAGCGCCUACUACCAGGUAGGUAGCAAAAUCUCCAGUAAAACUCGCAAGGCUUUCGUCAACCACGGGUUGGGGUUCGUAUUCUAUCAUAAUAUGCUUCUAUGCUUUCUCUUCCAUCCUCUGUGAACUAUAUGAUACAAAAGAUGUAAAAAGUUCGUACUACCGUAC